AUGACUCUACGAGAUAGUGAAGAAUCACGAGUGACAAUCUUCGAUAAUCCAAAACGAAGUUGUACUGAUUGGCCAUGUUUAUUAAUCUUCAUAGCAUUUCUCAUUCUUUAUAUUCUCUUUGCUGCAUUUGUAUUUCGCGAAGGUUCGAUACGUCGUUUUAUCACUCCAACAGAUAGUCAAGGUCGAAUGUGUGGAGUCGGUUCUCAACGCGAUCGACCGUAUUUACAAUUUUUCAAUAUUAUCAAAUGUAUCAAAUACAUCCUAAUCGGUGCUCGAUGUCCCACACCGCAGAUGUGCGUCGAGAAAUGUCCAUCGACAUUUUAUCAUUAUAAACUGCUGUACGCUCAGGAAUUGAAACUGAUUCUGAAUAAUAGAGAUAAAAUUCCACAAAUCCGUGCACAACUUUCCUGUGAAAAAUUUGCUCAAUCUCAAGUGAAAAAUCCUACGAUAUCUAUAUAUGAACUUGUCAAACAACGUCAAGUCUGUGCACCAUAUGCAUUUCCAUCAGAACCCUUGUAUGGUCGAUGUAUUCCAUCGAUUAUUGUUCAAACAUUAAAUUCAACUAUCAAGCAAGCAAAUGACAUUAUUCAAAAUCAAGGAGGCAAUACUACCGAUGAUGAUAUCAUUCCGAGCAAACAUGCAUUGCAAACAAGUUUAGAAUAUUUUAAAAAAGCUUUACAGAUCAAACGUCUUCUCUCGUUUAUGUUCGAAGAUUUAAUUCAAAGUCGUUACAUUCUUCUCUUAUCGUUACUCUUCGCUAUGAUUAUACUUGUGGUCUACAUGUUGUUACUGCGUUAUUUAGCACGAUGGAUGAUUUGGGUGUCCAUAUUCCUAUGUAUUGUAGUAUUCGCACUGGCAGCGACUUUCUGUUUCAUGACUCGAGCACGAAUGACGAAAUAUUCGGCGAACAAUAAUAACAAUUCUUUUGUUGAUCUGGAGGAAAUGAACAUAACAUUCAACGCAAAUGAAUUCAAUGAUAAUUCUUCGAACACGAUUAUUAACACAGAUGAAACUACGAAGAAAGCAUCGUCGAUAGAAAAGUUCGAUACGGCGAUGAUUCUCUUGGAACAAUUUGCUCCGAUGAGUGUUGUUUGGUUAGUAUUGGGUAUUAUUUGUUGUAUACUAUGUGCAAUAAUGAUGGUUUGUACAUGUUGUUUAUGGGAACGAAUUAGUUUAGCUGCAGCUUUAAUUGAAGAAGCAAGCAAAGCUAUUUGCUAUGCAUUGACCACACUUCUUUGGCCGAUUAUAACGUUUUUUCUCAACAUUGGUUUUAUAAUAUUAGGUAUUCUAGUUCUUGCUCAUUAUUCUACUCUAGGUCGACCUAUAUAUCAAAUAAGCUGUACACAAGAUUAUGGGCAAUCGUGUCAGCAGAAAUCACCACUUCGUUAUCUUAUUUCCAAUGAAACAAACUAUUUUCCGUUUCGCUCAAUUCCAAACUCAUGUGUGGAUUAUCGUGAAGGUGAUAGUUGUACACCAGAUGACUUCGCUCAGUUAAAUUGUUCAGUUGAUCGUAUUCGUUGUGUGUAUGUCUCUUACGGUUUCACCGAUGAAACAUUUACGGCUUAUAUGGAUUCAGUAUGGAGUCAUCGUUUAGCACAAUUUCUUAGUCAACAUCCAUGGAUUGUUAAUAUCUUUAGCGUAUUUAUUAUCUAUUGGCUUUUGGCAUUCAUUGUUGCAUUAGAAGAGAUGAUUUUAGCAUGUACAUUUGCUUCUUAUUAUUGGGAUAUGGAUAGACGAGAGAAAAAAUGUUGUAAUGGUUAUUUUCACGAAUGUCUAUGUUUGCAAGGUGUGUCAACGACAUUUCGUUAUCAUUUGGGUACGAUUGCAUUUGGUAGUUCGAUCAUUGCGAUUAUUGAUACUUUACGAACGUUAAUUGACCUGGUGAAAGAUCGAUUAGAAUCUGUGAAUUUGAGUAAUUAUGGUCAAUGUUGUUUUCAAUUGAUCAACGGUUUGCUAAAUUGUGUUCGAUGCUGCUUUCAAUUCUUUUCUCGAUAUACAUAUAUCAUGACUGCCGUUAGUAGCAAAUGGUUUUGUCCGUCAGCAAUGACUGCGACGACCUUACUAAUUGAAAACUGUCUCCGUGUCUUCGUACUCGACCGAGUUUGUACCAUUCUCUUGUACAUCGGACGAAUAACCGUCACAAUCGGUUCGUGUGUUUUUGCUGCUUACAUUUUAUACAAAAUGGAUUCCGACAUUCAUCUUCAUUUUUCAUGGUUUCCUGUACUUGUCAUCGGCAUUUGUGUUUAUAUAAGUUCAGCGAUCUUCCUCCACGUUUAUGCAACUGCAACAUCAACUUUGUUCUUCUGUGUACUUUAUGAUUUAGAAUUACAUGAUGAUUUACAAAUGGGAUCACCACGUUUGAAAAGCAUUCUGAACAAGUCGAAUGAUUUUCGACAGAAGAAAUCUAAACUAAUUCCAGAUCAGUCGAUUAAUGAGAACAGCCAGUCGAAAUUUUAA